AUGCCUACCUGUACUUCUUGUAAUCAUAUACUUCCUCCUGAAGCAUUUAUAUAUAAAAACAAAUCAUAUAAGACAUGUGCUAAAUGCAAAACUAGUAGAGCUAAAAAGAAAAAUUCUGAAAAAGCAGCUGAUACUAAUAGUGAAAAAGCUUCUAUUGAAAUAAUUACAAUUGAUGAAAUUAGUGAUUAUAUUUCUAAUAUGCUUGAUGGAUUAGAAUAUGAUACUGCUCUAUUUUCUACUUUUUAUAUUAAACUUGAUAAAAUUAUUCUUAAUGCUGUUGGUGUAGAUGUUAGAGUAAUGGCUAAAUUAAUUAUCGAUGAAAUUGAAGAAGGAGAUGAUUUCAAAUAG